UGUAAGAGUGUGUGUGUGUGUGUGUGACUUCCCCAACCUCUCUCUCUCUCUCUUCUCAUCCAACAAGUGACACACAGUCGGUGUGGGCUUAUACCACUCUGCCAAUUUGCCUAUACAUACAGGGACCCCAACGGGUCUUUCCCUUUUAUCUACUUCGCCUCGUGACCCCUUUCUCUGUCUCUUCUCUCUCUGCUCCUGAAUUUAACACUACUCAGCUUUCAUACACUUCAAUCCCUUUUUAUUGGCCACCUUUCCCUUCUUCACAGUGCUACUACUUCCUUAUCCAACACCAAUUCCCGUUUCUCUUUUCGGGUUUCGGAAUCAAUCAAUGCCGUGUUUUUAGAUACUAGUACCUGCUUUAGCUACCCUUCUCAUAGAAUUGGUAAUAAAAUAGCAAGUCCCAGAUUUUUUAUUUCUUUCUUCUCCUCUGUCUAUUUUAUUCCCAAUCCUCUAGGGUCUUGGCCUUUUCUUCAUUCCCCCCCCCCUUUUUCUUUUAUAAAAAAAAUAAGGCAAUAACUUUUGUUGCUUGUACUUUUUGGGUUUAGGGUUUUGCACCCCCUUUAGCUAAAACACACAAGUGGCAAGCCUAUGUUCAACUUCAACUCCAUGCCUCUCCAAUUCUGAACAUUCUAAAUUUCCGAUUAUAUAAAUCCAAACAUAAAAACAAUGUCUUCUUCGUGUCUGAGUGGAGCCGGGGGAAGAACCUAUGGAUUCGAUUUCGAAUUCGUUAAAUCUCCGUCUUCAUCUACUUUCACAUCACACACAUCUUCUUCACCUUCCUCAACGAUCUCCGAAUCGAGCAAUUCGCCGCUGGCAAUCUCAACGAAGAAGCCCAGAACGCCGCGGAAGCGACCCAACCAAACAUACAACGAAGCCGCGGCGCUUCUCUCCACGGCGUACCCGAAUUUGUUCUCCACGAAGAACUUGAAAACUCAGGGCAAAGGCAAAGGCAAAUUCUCGAGGCCCACAUCGGAGAAUUUCGAUUACGAUUCUUCGGAGCUGUUAUUGCCGUUCAGAGUCUUCGACGGAACGGCGUCGUGUUUUCUUUUGGACCAAACGGGCCCGAAGCCCAUGGAGAGGCCCAAAGUGGUGAGCGUGCAGGAGAAGGAUAAUAAUAAUAAGGCGUGUGAGAGCCCCGGCGAGAUAAGCUCCAUCGUGAAUUUCAAUUCAGUUGAAUUGAACGAUGACGGCGAAGAGAGCCUCGACGCGGAAUCGAUUCUCGAUGAGGAAAUCGAAGAAGGGAUCGAUAGCAUCAUGGGGAGCAGUAUUCAAGAGGUCUCAAACGACGCCGUUAGUAACUUGCCCUGGAUUUUGCCUUUUGGCGGGAAAUUGGAGUUCCCGAGACCCCGUGUUAGGGCUCUCCGCCACGUCGACGACGGUAACUGGUGGAAUUUUCCUGCCGUCGAUAUUCUUUCAAUAUCGCCCAAAAUUAACACCAAGCCUCCGCCGGUGGCCGCCGAGAAGAAGAUGAAGAAGAAGAAGGUUGCGGCGGCGCCGUCGCCGGUCGUCCUGGAGUUGAAGAACACGGAAUUGCCCAAACCGAAACAGGGUUUGAUGUUGAAAUUGGAUUACGACGGCGUUCGGAACGCUUGGUCUGACAGCGGAACACCGUUCACCGACGAUAGCCCCCUCGCCGACGUGCCGGAAAAUGACGUCACUGCGCGGUUGUCGCAAAUUGAUUUGUUGUGGGACAAUGGAGGAGUGAGAGAAGCUAGCGUGCUGCGCUACAAGGAGAAGCGGCGAACGCGCCUCUUCUCGAAAAAGAUCAGGUACCAGGUCAGGAAAGUCAACGCAGAUCGACGGCCCAGAAUGAAGGGACGAUUUGUUAGGAGGCUCAAUUCUAGCUCAAAUGCACACAGAUGAUAGUAUCUAGGAGCAGGAAAGCACAUGCUUUUUUGGGACUCUUCUUUUAAGAAUAAAAAAUAAAAAUAAGAUUAAAAGGAAAAGAGAGUUUAUCUAUAUUUUUGUAACCUUUACUUUUUGGGUUCUUCUUCCUUCCUUCACUAGAAGAUAUGGGGGAAAUUGCUGGAUGAGAUAAGCGACGGAAGUAGUCCAAGCAAAUUGCCUAAGACUCUAUUGCACUUGAUUCUCUUCUUCGCGUUAUGGCUUCAGGGAGAUUCUUCCUUGCAUACUUAGUCCCCAUGUGGUCUGUACUUUCUCGUGCAAAUUAAGAUAUAUACCCUUGGAAUCAGUAAUACUACCACCACAUAAAAUUAUCAACAUAA